AUUUGUAGGAUGAACGGAAGAUUUUGGUUACUAGCCGUUUCAGCCAGGAAAAUUAUCCCCUAUAAUCUGAAACCGCUGGAUGAUAUCAUUCGCCGUUCUGCUACUACACAUUUUGGUUUCCAAGAAGUCGAUGAAAAGGAGAAAAGUAGAAAAGUGCAUGCCGUAUUUGCGAAUGUUGCUAACAAGUACGAUUUGAUGAAUGAUGCGAUGUCACUGGGUAUUCAUCGGCUGUGGAAGGAUCACUUUGUUGCAAAUCUAGGACUUACGGCAAAUACCUCGCUGGUAGAUGUUGCAGGAGGGACUGGUGAUAUUGCUUUUCGUGCUGUACGAGAAAUACAGUCCAGGAAAGGCACAGGUUCAGUAACUGUCUGUGACAUCAAUGAAAAUAUGCUCAGAGUUGGUCAACAGCGUGCAAUAGAUGAUCCAUCAGUUUUGAAAGCUCGAUUAAAAUGGGUAUGCGGAGAUGCGGAAGCAUUACCGUUUGAUGAAAAUUCAUUCGAUAUCUAUACGAUAGCUUUUGGGAUAAGGAAUUGCACGAGCAUUGAUAAGGUACUCAGGGAAGCAUAUCGAGUUCUUCGACCUGGAGGCAAAUUUGCUUGUCUGGAAUUUAGCCAUAUCAAUCCACUGUUGAAGCAGUUCUACGAUUUUUAUAGUUUUCAAAUUAUUCCUAUUAUGGGACAAGUUAUUGCUGGUGAUUUUCAUAGUUAUCGCUAUUUGGUAGAAAGCAUACGAAAAUUUCCGGAUCAGGACAAAUACAAACGAAUGAUUGAGGAGGCUGGUUUCAAAGAUGCAAAGUAUAGCAAUCUUUCAUGCGGGAUUUGUGCCAUUCACACCGGCGUAAAAGCUGCUAGCAGUCAAUAGCAACUUUUAGCCAUUUCUCUAUCCCUCCUGUUCCACGGUUUAUUUCUCGUGUGUAUAUUAGUGACAUAAAUAAAGAGUUUUCUAAAUGUG